AGGAGCGCAUACGGAGCGGUUAAAGUUCAGUCAGUGCGCCAUUAGUGUUAUUGCAGUUUGGAAAUCAUGGCAGGCGGUGAGAGAGUCGCUCAUCUAAUGCGACAGCUGGCAAGCGCGUCAUGCCGAUGUCCUGCUCAUUCUCAAGCUUAUUCACACAUUCAUCAUGGAGUUUCUGCAGGUAAACUUCAUGAGCGGAAAACUGACUACGCGUUUGAAAUGGCUUGUUCAAAUAUCAGAUUUGGGCCGGGAGUGACCAGAGAAAUUGGAAUGGAUUUGCAGAACAUGGGAGCGCGUAAUGUCUGUCUCAUGACGGACCAAAAUCUGGCUCGACUGCCACCGGUUGCAGCAGUAAUAGAUUCAAUGACAAAGCAUGGAGUGAAUUAUCAGAUCUUUGAGGAUGUCAGAGUUGAACCAACAGACAAAAGUUUUAAAAAAGCAAUCGACUUUGCCAAAAAAGGACAUUUUGAUGUUUAUGUUGCUGUGGGUGGGGGCUCUGUGAUCGACACCUGCAAAGCAGCUAAUCUCUAUGCAUCACACCCAGAUGCAGAAUUUCUGGACUUUGUAAAUGCACCAAUUGGAAAAGGACAACCUGUCACAGGCAUACUGAAGCCACUUAUUGCUGUUCCUACCACGGCUGGUACGGGAAGUGAAACCACAGGAGUGGCCAUCUUUGAUUUUGAAGACAUGAAGGCUAAAACCGGCAUAGCGAAUCGAGUAAUAAAACCAACAUUGGGUAUGGUGGAUCCGUUGCACACUCUUCACAUGCCUUCCAGAGUGGCAGCUAACAGCGGGUUUGAUGUGCUCUGUCAUGCAUUAGAGUCUUUCACUGCAUUGCCUUAUAACCUAAGGAGUCCCUGCCCAUCCAACCCAAUCAAUCGCCCCGCCUACCAGGGCAGUAAUCCAAUCAGCGAUGUUUGGGCAAAACAUGCUCUCAAGAUUGUUGCCAAAUAUUUGAAAAGGGCAGUGCGUGAUCCAGAAGAUGUGGAGGCACGGUCCAGCAUGCACCUGGCCAGUGUGUUCGCAGGAAUUGGCUUCGGCAAUGCUGGAGUCCAUUUAUGUCACGGAAUGUCAUACCCUAUUGCUGGGAAUGUCAAAACUCACAGGGCCAAAGGCUACAAUGUUAACCAUCCUAUAGUGCCUCAUGGACUGUCUGUAGUUCUUACAUCACCUGCUGUUUUUGCCUUUACUGCAAGCAUGUGCCCAGAGCGCCAUCUAGAGGCAGCACAGAUACUUGGCGUCGAUGUACAUAACAUUAAAAAAGAAGAUGCUGGCCGUUUAUUGGCUGACACUAUCAGAACUUUUUUAUAUGACCUGGAUGUGGAGGACGGCUUGUCUGCCAUUGGCUACACUAAAGAGGACAUCCCAUCUUUGGUGAAGGGCACUAUACCUCAGGAGAGGGUCACUAAACUGUCCCCUAGGACUCACAGUCAAGAGGAUCUGGCUGAUCUGUUUGCUGCCUCCAUGAAGCUCUACUGAGCACCCUAAAGAUUUUAGCACUGGACUGAAAACAAACUCAGUUCUCAGAAGCGUAGACUCACAGAUUAGUUGUGCUAAAUGUAUUAUGUAAGCAAAUACACUGAUCUAAGUGCACAGCCCAUUAAUCCUUUCAGGGUUUGCAGUAGUGCCUUACUGUCAGAUACUGUACUUGUAAAUAAUGCACAUGUUCUUGUGUUUCAAUCGAGUCACAAACGCAUACACGUGUAACAGAUCAUGAUGAUAUGCUGUAAACAAAUCCCCAUAAUUAUAUUUGUGACCACACACCUUAGGCUUGUA